UCACUGUUUUAAACUCUUGUAAGUGAGUCAAGUCACACCUUGUAUAAUUGUUGUUUUUACCAGCUGGCAGCAGACUAUAAGAAGAUGAAAACUUGUGCAUGCAUAGUGCAUAGGAAUAAGCAGUCUAAGGAAGUAAUAGAAGAGGCAUUUGCUGAGAGGAUUCAGUCUCAGGAUCACUUCUGUUGUGACGUGGGCUUUAAGGUUUUCACAGUCAGUUCAAAGGAAUUCCGGGACCCGGAUAAACUUUCAGAUGCAGAACUCACAGAAAUCCCAGCUCUGAGGGAACUGCUAAGGGAUCUCAAUGCCAGCUUCCCCGAGAGGAGAGAGGAGGAGUACAUCAAGGAAGCUGAGGGGGUUCUGUCCUUGAUCCAGGGUUCAAAAUGUGACAGUCACACUGAUGCGGAAAUGAAAAACACAAAACGUCAAGCUUACAGGAAAUUGAAAGAAACACUAACUGCUAACUUGAGUGAAGCACUGAGAGGACUGAGAGGGAAGUACAAUGCCCUGGAGAACUGCCUCUCUCAGGCGGCAAAGGAGUCAGAGGCAAACUGCCUCCAAAACGCAGAGAAGAAAGUGAUAGAUCCAACAGAUAGAGAAAAGGCAAGCGGGUACCACAAAACUCUUAGAGCUAUGUGUGUGAAAGGAGGAGUUACAAUAUCCAAAAACAAUGGAAAGGUCACAGAUCUAAAUGCUGUGCUAGUUUCACACAUGGAGCAAAAGGUCAACCAAACAUUUAAGGAUGUGUUUGAGAGGAGGAGCUCAAGACAAACUCAGUCUGUGGCAGCCAUACUUCAGAAAUUUGACCUCACCAGUCGAAUUACUAAGGAAUUCAAGCAUCCUGUAACUCUGAUUUUAACCUUUAUUGCAACUCAGCAAGAUAAACGAAAGACAGCACUGGAUAAAGACAUUACUCAAAUGAGAAAGGAAAUCUACAUUUGCCUCAGAGAUACCAUAGAAUCUGCCAUGGACCCAGUGUACAGGGAGGCUGCUUCUCAUACUGGGCCAGGAUCCUAUACAGAAAUGCAGGAGGUGCUGAGAGAAGGCAUUAGGAAACUCAAGAGCACCAUGUUCACACAGGCCAUGCUGAACGCACUGGAGAAGUUUGAUAACAUGGAGGAUCAUAUUGAGAAAACACUGAAAGAGUUACAAGACAUUGCUGCCAAAGCACUCAGCCAGAAACACAGUAUGCCUCUACCUGACGUCUCGGAUGAAAUGAAAAUGAUGAAAACGCUAAGAGCAGAGCGGAAAAGACGUCCUUAACUGCCCAGCAGUCAAACUCCAGCAGUACUGUGGAUCUGUGGUGUCACAUUCAUUACAGUGCAUGAAAAUGCACUGUACUGUUAUUCCAAGGCUUUUUACAGUGCAUGAAAAUGCACUGUACUGUUA